CGUACAAGUAUUCAACACGUCGUAAUCAAUCUGUUUCCUAUUGAAAUGGCUCGUCCUGAGCUACAACUAGAGGGUCAGAAAGACUUUAUUAUACAGCGCUACCAGUCCGGCGUACCUCUUCCGAUAAUUCAAGAAGUACUCCAGGCUACAUAUUCAAUCCAGACCUCGGUAUUUACACUUCGACGCCGCCUUAAGCAAUGGGGAAUCCAUCCAAAACAGCAGAGAACGAUCAUAACCGACGCGCUUCGAAUAGCUAUUGAGAAAUACAUCUUUACUAUUGGUCUUUCCGAUGAUGAGCUCCUACGUUAACUAUAGGCGGAUGGCUUUACCGUUAUAGCGUACGGUGUAGUCAGAAUUAGAAAGGAACUCGAUAUAUAUCGCCGCUUUACCCCCGAACAGAUCCAAAGAAAGUAGGAACAGCUUCAAUCGUUCCUGAUAUAGGAGCAAACAACGUCAAACUUGGUCCGGCGUAUGGGAAGAGAAAUGCUUUCAACGCAUCUCCGAUAGAACCGAAUU